CGGCAUCGGCGGCGCGCGCGCUCCCUCCUCUCGGAGAGAGGGCUGUGGUAAAAGCCGUCCGGAAAAUGGCCGCCGCCGCCGCUGCCGCGCCGAGCGGAGGAGGAGGAGGAGGCGAGGAGGAGAGACUGGAAGAAAAGUCAGAAGACCAGGAUCUCCAGGGCCUCAAGGACAAACCCCUGAAGUUUAAAAAAGUGAAGAAGGAUAAGAAAGAAGACAAAGAGGGCAAGCAUGAGCCCCUGCAGCCGCCAGCCCACCAUUCUGCUGAGCCAGCAGAGGCAGGCAAAGCGGAGACCUCAGAAGGGUCGGGCUCAGCCCCAGCUGUCCCGGAAGCUUCUGCCUCCCCCAAACAGCGGCGCUCCAUCAUUCGAGACCGGGGACCCAUGUAUGAUGACCCCACUCUGCCUGAAGGUUGGACCCGAAAGCUUAAGCAAAGGAAAUCUGGCCGUUCCGCUGGGAAGUAUGAUGUGUAUCUGAUCAAUCCCCAGGGAAAAGCCUUUCGCUCUAAAGUGGAGUUGAUUGCGUACUUCGAAAAGGUAGGCGACACCUCCCUGGACCCUAAUGAUUUUGACUUCACGGUAACUGGGAGAGGGAGCCCCUCCCGGCGAGAGCAGAAACCACCUAAGAAGCCCAAAUCUCCCAAAGCUCCAGGAACUGGCAGAGGUCGGGGACGCCCCAAAGGGAGCGGCACCGCGAGACCCAAGGCGGCAGCAUCCGAGGGCGUGCAGGUGAAAAGGGUCCUGGAGAAAAGUCCCGGGAAGCUGCUCGUCAAGAUGCCUUUUCAAGCUUCACCUGGGAGCAAGGCUGAAGGGGGUGGGGCUACCACAUCGGCCCAGGUCAUGGUUAUCAAACGCCCUGGCAGGAAGCGAAAGGCUGAGGCAGACCCCCAGGCCAUUCCCAAGAAACGGGGCCGAAAGCCAGGCAGUGUGGUGGCAGCCGCUACUGCCGAGGCCAAGAAGAAAGCCGUGAAGGAGUCUUCCAUCCGGUCCGUGCAGGAGACUGUGCUCCCCAUCAAGAAGCGCAAGACCCGGGAGACAGUCAGCAUUGAAGUGAAGGAGGUGGUGAAGCCCCUGCUGGUGUCCACCCUCGGCGAGAAGAGCGGGAAGGGACUGAAGACCUGCAAGAGCCCUGGGCGGAAAAGCAAGGAGAGCAGCCCCAAGGGGCGCAGCAGCAGCGCCUCUUCACCCCCCAAGAAGGAGCAUCACCACCACCACCACCACGCAGAGCCCCCGAGGGCACCCGCGCCGCUGCUCCCGCCCCUGCCUCUGCCCCCGCCCGAGCCCCAGAGCUCUGAGGACCCUGCCAGCCCCCCUGAGCCCCAGGACUUGAGCAGCAGUGUCUGCAAAGAGGAGAAGAUGCCGAGAGGAGGCUCGCUGGAGAGCGAUGGCUGCCCCAAGGAGCCAGCUAAGACUCAGCCCGCGGUUGCGACCGCCGCCACGGCCGCAGAAAAGUACAAACACCGAGGGGAGGGAGAGCGCAAAGACAUUGUUUCAUCCUCCAUGCCAAGGCCAAACAGAGAGGAGCCUGUGGACAGCCGGACGCCCGUGACCGAGAGAGUUAGCUGACUUUACGCAGAGCGGAUUGCAAAGCAAACCAACAAGAAUAAAGGCAGCUGUUGUCUCUUCUCCUUAUGGGUAGGGCUCUGACAAAGCUUCCCGAUUAACUGAAAUAAAAAAUAUUUUUUUUUCUUUCAGUAAA